UAAGCGACGACAGACAAAUGACGAACAUGUUUGGCCACAGAACCUGCGUCGUGCUCUCUGUGCUGUUCGUCGUUUGCUGGAUGGAGAGUGCAUUAGCAAGCAAUCUCAAUAGCAGCCUUUGCAACGGGCUCUGUCUCAAGACUACUCAUGCAACAUUGUUCUGUGAAGUCGCUUUCGCCGCACCGCCAUGUCACGCGGAAACCGAGUUGUGCUGUGGUGAAGUCAGACACCCCGAACCACUGCAGAUAGCGGAUGACGAGUCAGCUUCAUUGGGAAAACCAGUGUGGUUGUCUAGGGCCAACAAUUAUCAAGGCAGCGCGCGCCAGGCCAGGAACGUGUACCUGGACAUUCUAAAGCUGCUCCUGACUGAAUAUCUCAGAGCAUCCGUGGCUUCGCAGUACAAAGCUAUCGCAGAGAAGCAGACGUCUGCCAAUUCAACAGAACAGUACGAUCCUACUUGGCCGGAAGAAAAUGACAUCUUCAAGACGGUGUCACCUGGAUACGCUUCGGAAACAACUUCCACUACGCCUUCCCCUGCAAGCUCCGACGGACUUCAACUAGGACCCCCUCACUCAUUCGACGGGAAUGUCUCAUCUCAAGGGUAUGCAGCUUCUCAAGUCAGUCUGCCUUCACGCAACGGUUCUUUCUCGGGAAACUCUACGCUGGCACCUUUGGCUGAGAGCGCACACCCGACAGCAUCGAUAUCAAAUACAGAAGGCGUCGAAACAACAUCGGAGAAGGUGGUAUACCCGUGUCCGGGAAACUGCAUGUCGACCUACUUCACGUGGUUUUGCAAGAAAACGAGCUCGGACUACGAAUGCUCGGAUGGCAGGGUUUGCUGCCUGCCCAUCACGACAACGAUCCCGCCCGAGGUUGUGGUGCCUGAGUGUACUGGCACCUGCAUCCUCCCACAGCUCACUGGCCUUUGCAAGAAGCCUGCUCGACUCCUGCUCAAGACGACCACUUGCAGCCGAAAUUCGAUAUGCUGCAGUGAGACGCCGAGGCUUUGGUAGGGCCUUGGUAGCGCUAAAGAAACAGGAACAAAAAGGCACCGGAAGUUGCAACUUCAGUUGUUCAAUUGGAAAACCUUUUGGUACCGAGAAUUUCGCAAGAGCCUGCACUCCUAUGGCUUGUUCGGUAUCACCAUCAACUUGCAGAGAA